CAGUGCCAAACUUACGUACUGUAACUCACCUGUUUGCUGCCCACCUGUCGCUCUGAUCCAGGGACGUCUGACCUCACAGCAUCAUGCUCACCAGGAAAGUUGUCCUUCUGUUGUCUCUGUCCGUCCUACUGGUGGAGGGAGAUUUUGACACCAACGAUGCUGGAAUCCAAGCCAUGUCCACAGAUAAAGACUCCACGUCUGAUGAAGCUCCCACAGAGAGUAUGAACGCCAUCUCACCUGAUCAACCAGAUGAACCGCAAUAUUAUGGAGCAGGACCUUCAGAUACGACCAGCUCCAGUUCAGAGAUCGCAGACGCUCCAGCAGCCAGUCAGGUGACAGCACCUGAACCUGCUGCAGCCACCGCCAUCAGUGUGGAGGAAGAAGAUGAAGAUGAGAGCUCUGACUCUGAAGAAGGAGGAAAGAAACAUUUCAGCUCGCGCUCAGCCAAAGCUCAGAGUCCCGCCCUCCCACCACAAAGCCCCGCCCAUGUCAUUGAUAGCCCUGCUGUCCCCCGUCAGCCAAUCAUUCCUCAGCCGAAAGCUCUGGUGAGAAACCGGACAUCCAAGAGACGAUCCAGGACCAACCGGCGCCAGAUAUAAACCACCAACCCACAUGUGGCUAUAAAAACAUGAAUCACAUGUGUGAACAUAUUUACUCUGAUAAACCUGUGUACUGUACAAACACACAUGUUUAAACACACACAAUCACUCUGAUGGAUCCAGGGGCCAUUUUCAAUCUAAUUUUAU